AUGUCGAAACACUUUUACGAUGAAGCCGAGGACCUCGUUCUCGAUGCCCUCGAGAGCCUUGUCCUCACGCACUCGGGCCUGAGCCUGGACAAGUCCAAGAAGACACUCUGGCUCACGAACAACGACCCUAACCACGUUUCGCUCCUCUCCGGAGGCGGCGCCGGCCAUGAGCCCGCCCACGCCGGCUUCGUCGGCGCCGGCAUGCUCACCGCCGCCGUCUCGGGCUCCAUCUUCGCCUCCCCCAGCGUCGCCCAGAUCCUGUCGGGCAUCUCCCGCGUCGCGAGCCCCGCCGGUGUCCUCCUCAUCAUCAAGAACUACACCGGCGACGUCUUCCACUUCCACCUCGCCGCCGAGAAGGCCAAGGCCAGCCUCGGCGUGCCCGUCGAGGUCCUCGUCGUCGGCGACGACGUCUCCGUCGGCCGCCGCAAGAGCGGCAAGGUCGGCCGCCGCGGGCUCGCCGGCACCGUGCUCGUCCACAAGGUCCUCGGCGCCUACAAGGAGACGGGCGCCUCGCUGGCCGACGUCGCGCGCCUCGGCAGGGCCGUCACCGAGAACCUCGUGACCGUCGGCGCCUCGCUCGAGCACGUGCACAUCCCCGGCCGCGAGGCCGCCGCGGCGUCCUCCGACGACCAGGUCGAGCUGGGCAUGGGCAUCCACAACGAGCCGGGAUGCCAGGUGCUGAAGCCGCGGCCGGCGCUCCCGAAGCUCAUCGACGCCAUGCUCACCCAGCUCCUCGACACCGGCGACUCGGACCGCGCGUACGUCGACUUCUCGGAUGCCAAAGACAUCGUUCUCUUAGUCAACAACCUGGGCGGUGUCUCGCCGCUCGAGUUCGGCGGCAUCACCACCAAGGUCACAAAUGCUCUGAGUGCCCGCGGACUGAAACUGGCCCGCGUCAUCUCGGGAACGUACAUGACGAGUCUCAACGGCCCCGGCUUCAGCAUCACGCUCCUGAAGGCCACGCCCGAGAUCCUCAAGUACGUCGACGCCGGCACCGACGCCGUCGGUUGGGCGUACACGCCUCGCAACGAGACCGGCGGGGACGUGAAGCAGCGUCUGGUCGAGAGCGGCGAGUCGAGCCAUGGGCAGCAGGACGGCGGUGAGAGCGGCGUGAAGCUCGACGUGGACGUCCUCAAGAAGGUCGUCGCCGAGGCGGCCAGGAGGAUCAACGACGCCGAGCCGCAGAUCACGGCGCACGACACCCAAGUCGGCGACGGCGACUGCGGCGUCACCCUCGCGCGCGGGGCCAAGGCCGUCCUCAAGUACGCCGAGUCGUCCUCCGUCACGCCGGACGCCGUCCGCACGGCCAUCGACCUCACCAACGUCAUCGAGGACAACAUGGACGGCACCUCGGGCGCCAUCUACUCUAUCUUCUUCGCGGCGCUGGCAUCGGAGCUGCGCAAGGCCGGCGCGGGCCAGCUGGGCCUCGCCGCGUGGGCGAAGGUCGCCGCGGGCGCGCUGGACACGCUGCAGCAGGCGACGCCGGCGAGGCAGGGCGACAGGACGCUCAUCGACGCGCUGGAGCCGUUCGUCAGGACCCUCGGGAGCUCGGGCAGCGUCAAGGAGGCCGUCGAGGCGGCGAGGAAGGGCGUCGAGGCCACCAAGGGCAUGGCGGCGUCGCUUGGCCGCGCCGUCUACGUCGAGGAGUCGGCCUGGGGCAAGGUGCCGGACCCGGGAGCCGAGGGCGUCCUGGCCAUCCUCGAGGGUCUUGAGGCGGCGACAUCAUAA